AUGGAGGUCGUCGCCGCCAUCGGAGCAGUGCCAUCGCUUAUUGGUGGCGUCUUGGGCAUUAUCGACGUGACAGGCAGAUGCAUUACCCUCCUUGCGGACCUACGUUCACGCUUCAAAGAUGUUCCAAUUGCUGUGGAGUCGAUGUCGGCUCAGCUUUCGACGCUGAGAGCCGCACUCGAGCAGAUCCGAUUCUGGAUAGAGCAGGAUCUUGCGCUCGACAACCAGCAUUACCAGCUCACAAUGGACCUUGGGACAGCGAUUCGCUGCUGCAAGCUGCACAUGGACUUCCUGCGUGAUCAAUUGUCGGCAGUUCAGUACACCGAUGCUGACGAAAUGACCUUCAAGAGCAGGGUCAACCUGGUACUCGAGGGCAGAGGGAUCGAGAAUUGCCUCACGAGGCUAGACCGACAAACUCAUGCGUUGAACCUUCUGAUUACGGCUUUCCAGCGUCGCGAUCACAAAGAACAAAAGGCUGUGCUCCAGUCGCCACGAUCUCGAAAGCUUUUCGGUCAGCUCGAGGAAGACUCCUCGUCCCUGAUAGUCAUCUACGACGGCGCCUCGUUUGUGACUGAUCGGACCGUAACAAGCACAAAUACAUCACAGUUCUCACUUCGUCCACACCUCGACACGGAGAUCCUGCGAGCUAAGGUCUACAAGAGCACACUUACCUCUCUGAUGAAGAGGGCCACAAGACGGCAUACAGGCGUAGCUUCCGCACCACAGCAAUCACCGCCGGCGCCAUUGAUACCAGACUUUAGCAUUGACGCCAAGGCACAGAUACAGAGAAAGGAAUCUCUGGAGCGCCUACAGCCGCCCGCGGUCGUGGGCCUAGACAUUGAUGCGUCUUUCAAUUUCGAUCUCAGCCAAGUCGACCACUCUGCCUACCUCAAAUACGGGCUGCCACUAAAUCGCAUUGAACAUCGGAAUAUGUGUGGACUCAAGACCAUCGGCAAAGAGUCUCCCAUGCAUCAUCGAAUCGAGAAUGAAAUUCGUGCAGGCCGCCACAUGCCACCACUUGCGACAAAAGACACCGCAGCCGAAACUGAAUUGGAGUCUGCUGAAGGGAUACCUGCAUCCAUCGCCACAUGGUCUGAAGUGGGAGCAAACUGGAAUGCCAUGUCUGGUACAUACUCAAUUUCCGUAUCACCAGGCCUUAUGAAGGCUAUUGGAGACCCAAUCGACCAGAAUGAGCUCGAGGUAAUUGCAGGUUGCCGCCCUUUCACAUCGUUUGACAAUCAACGCUCGCCGUUUGAGUUCAAGCUCUCCUCCGACACGCGUGUAACACUGGACUUUCAGCUCAGUCUCUGGUUCCGCUGCUUCAUAGACAGUGAGCACGCCAUUUUCAGGAAUUCCACCUCGGGAACCUACCAGAGCAAGCAGGGUUGUCAAACGCUGCUUAAGUUUACGUGUCGGAGCAAGGAAGAUCGCUAUACGUUGCUACGCAUGAUCUUGCAGGCACGACCCAUUGAUGCUGAGGCCCAAGCAAGCCCUUCGCACGAGACUAAGUUCUGGCAGAACGAUAGGGUUGACAUGCUGCAACUCAGUUCGAACAGUCAUCUAUGGCGCACUGUGUCAGCUAAGAGGGACAGGCAUGAUGCAACCUCGCCAACUGAUGCAGAUAUCUUCCGUGUGUACCUCAAGCCCCAUCUUCUUCGCCGUCACGGGGCGCCACAAAACAACUAUGAGCUCCAACUUAUGCUGCGCAUGAGCAACCUCUUGGAACGGGGUGCAUCCUACAAGAAGCUAGAGGUCCAACUGCUGUUGCAAAGGGGACUGAACCCUAUUCAGUUUGGCCCUAUGGCCCUUUAUCAUCGUCCGUUUGAUGCAUCGCUCCUGGACCCGACGAUCCACAAUCACAAUUACGCGGCACUGAAUGUAUCCGAAGAGAAAGAGCUGGCCCGCUCGUACUCCUACGCUGGUGGUAGCUCCGCGGAAUCCACGACAGGAAUGGCGACGUUUGAAUGGGACUUCUUACAUGAACGUCCUGUGCCUGGCCAAUUGCUACCACCUCUCUAUGCCAGCAUCCUUAGGACUGCACAUCCCUUGAGCGGGGGCUUGAAUGCUCGAUCUUCACCAUCAAUUGACUCUUCGGCAACACCAGUUCAGAAGUCUCCAGACAGCCAAAGCUUUCUGGCAAAUGUAAGUCCACAAGAGCGACUGGCUAAGCUCGAAUCUUUGCCGAAACCAGUGCGCGUUGCUGGCUCUGACACGCCUCAAAAAGACUCGCCUCCCUUCACAGCUCUCCCAAAUCCUCUGGAUCUCAUUACCGAAGCCCGCCCUCCCGGCGACGCGCCUGGGUCUGCCGUGGAGGUUCGCCGAAGACUAUCUGCUGCUUCCCAGAUUACAGUACUGCAUUGCGAAUCUCCAGAUCCAAAUCUAUUAGGCACCGGCAAGACCUUCUGA